UUAAAGUUCAGAAAUCAGAGGUUGAGUUUUGUGUAGGUUUACAAAUAGGAGGGAAGAUUUUGUGUGUUAAAAAUUUUAAAAAAUUAUACUUCACAAAUCGGACGUUCCCUCUCUCUCCGUCUCGGAUCGAAGUCGCUCUCUCUCGCACCGGCGCCCUUGGGUCGCUCUCCCUCGCGUUUCUCUCUCCCUCACAGCUGCGCAGACCGAAGGCUCUCUCUUUCUCUGCUCUGGCUAUUAACAGCUGUAGAAGGCCGUACAUUUUCAACCUUCAAGGAGGAUCUCUAAACAGUCUUCUGGCCGAAAGUACUUGGUCUGUUUCCACCCCUACCAUAGUGGGUGCUCUAGAAUUUGAAAUAGAUCUGUUGUCACCUCACUGUGCGAUCACUCACUUAAUGUCUGGAACUCCUCUCUCCAGUCACAAGCAUCACCUCCCCCCCUUAAAAUAUGUUUUCAUGUCCGAUUGGUGGCUUGCCAAGCCUUGCCUUCCACUCCAGGGUUUAGCGGUUGGUGGCAUUGCUUAUGGCCAGAGAGAGAGAAUGUUCUUAUCGACAGUGAUUGCAAAGAGGCACGAGGCGAAUGUCUUGGAGACUGAAGACGGAGUCACUCUUCACUUAAGUAGUUUCAUUAACAGCUCUCGCUCGUUUCAGAAUGGCUUCCCACGUGAGGUAUGUGAAGACUUCUUGUUGGGAUUUCCAGACGAUUGGCAAAAGUACACUGCUCAUAGUUUUAGAGCUAAAUGUGUCGAUGGGCAUACUGGAUUUUGUGAGCCAAAUGCUUCUUUACACAAGAGGGCUAUUGAUCCUAUCCCAUUUUCCAUUCGUGAUCAUCGUUCGGCAGAGAGAUAUGAUUUUUCAUCGUCCAAUGAUGGAAUUCUCAAAGCAAAAACGAAUAUCUGCAAUGAACCAGAGAAUUCAAUUGUCAAUGUUUUAAAGCAAUCCGUAUCAAAAAAUAGUGUGGAAUGCAGUAAUAGCAAGAAAACUGUGGAGGGUGAACGCAAUGACAAUAUUGUGAGUCUUAAAUCGUCUCAGUCACUUGUUGACACGAUGGAUGAUGGUGAAAAUGGAGUCUUAGUAGCUGCACCGAUAAGCCAAGUUGUAAAUCCAAACAACGAUCAAUCUUUGACAGGUGUGUUUGACUGGAAUCCAUGUAAAGUUCAUUCUGGGAAAAGCAUGGUUGGAUCUCCAGUUUCGACAGCGAAAAUCAGAGUAACACAAUCAUCGGGUGACUGCAAGGAGGAACAUGUUAGUCACACUAGAAAAUAUUCGAAAAAAAAUCUCACAUCACUCAAAGAAACCAGUUCUUGUCCAGUUAGAAGAUCUCCCAGGCUGUCAAAGUCAACGAAAUGAGCAAGUAAAACCUGUAUGAGAAACAAGUCGUCAUUCUUUGUUGCGGUAAGAAAUGGAUUAAUUGUUGUUGUUUUGUCAUUGUGUCUUUGCAAUAGGUUUGAGAACGAAUUGAUUCAAGUUAUGUACAUCAUGGAAUGGCUUUCUGUCUAGUAUCAAAAUUCUUGAUUUUUAUACCUGGAUGGCCAUUUUUUUAACAUUAGUUUGUCUGUUAGGCCGACAAAAAUAA